UUGUAAUCCGCUCAAGCCCAAAGGGCCCCCAGAAGAUUUGCCCCCUCUAGUUGUCUGCUCUAUCGCGGGCUCGGCCUUUCGUCGAACAGCUGGUGCGCGUCCUCUCAUGUCGAGCACCUGACCGCCGGUCACGUAGCGGCGGCGGCGGCGGCGGCGCGGCAAGAUGCUCUCCCGCGCCCGGCGCCUCCACCCCACCCUCCAGCGAAUCCUCCGGCCAGUCCCCCCUCCCGCCCAUCCUCCUCCUCCUCCUUCCCCACCUCACCGCCCCGUCUUCUCCCAAACCCCUAAACCCUUCUUCCCCUUCCUCCGCCGCCACCUCUCGACCAAACCGCCGCCGCCGCAGGCGCCGCCAGAGAAGUCGCUGGCUCCGGCGAAGGUGAGCUCCGAUCCACCUGCCGUCAGCGCGAAUGGCCUCUGCCCGGGAUGCGGCAUCGCGAUGCAGUCCUCGGACCCGUCCCUUCCGGGCUUCUUCUCCCUCCCUUCGCCAAAAUCCCCCGACUACCGCGCGCGCCUCGCCCCCGUCACCGCCGACGACACCCGCAUCUCGGCCUCCCUGAAGUCCGGCCACCUCCGGGAGGGCGAGGCGGCGGCGGCGGCGUCGUCGUCGUCGGCGGCGGUGGGGGUGGGGGUGGAGGUGGAGAAGGAGGGGAAGAAGGAGAACAAGGUGGUCGUGUGCGCGCGCUGCCACUCGCUGCGCCACUACGGCGUCGUCAAGCGGCCCGAGGCCGAGCCGCUGCUCCCGGACUUCGACUUCGUCGCCGCCGUGGGGCCGCGCCUCGCGUCGCCCUCGGGCGCCAGGUCGCUCGUGCUGCUCCUCGCCGACGCGUCGGACUUCGACGGCUCCUUCCCGCGCGCCGUGGCGCGCCUCGUCGCGGCCGCGGGGGAGGCCCACGGGUCCGACUGGAAGCACGGCGCGCCGGCGAACCUCCCGCGCGCGCUGCUCGUGGUCACCAAGCUCGACCUGCUCCCCACGCCGUCCCUGUCCCCCGACGACGUCCACGCGUGGGCGCACUCCCGCGCGCGCGCCGGCGCCGGCGGCGACCUGCGCCUCGCCGGGGUGCACCUCGUCAGCGCGGCGCGCGGGUGGGGCGUGCGCGACCUGCUCGACCACGUUCGCCAGCUCGCUGGGUCGCGUGGCAAUGUGUGGGCAGUGGGUGCGAGGAAUGUUGGCAAGUCUACACUGCUCAAUGCCAUUGCCCGGUGCUCCGGGAUUGAAGGCGGACCGACCUUGACGGAGGCGCCGGUGCCAGGAACGACCCUUGAUGUGAUCCAGGUUGAUGGCGUUCUUGGAUCGCAGGCGAAGCUGUUCGACACACCGGGCUUGCUUCAUGGUCACCAGCUGACAUCGAGGCUGACUCGCGAGGAGCAGAAGCUGGUUCGAGUGAGCAAGGAGAUGCGGCCCAGGACAUACAGAUUAAAGCCAGGGCAGUCUGUACAUAUUGGAGGGCUGGUGCGCCUGGACAUCGAAGAGUUAACUGUAGGAUCAGUUUAUGUAACGGUAUGGGCAUCACCACUUGUCCCACUUCACAUGGGGAAGACGGAAAAUGCUGCCGCUAUGGUAAAAGACCACUUUGGUUUGCAACUACAGCCUCCUAUUGGCCAACAACGGGUAAACGAACUAGGUAAAUGGGUGAGGAAGCAGUUCAAAGUUUCUGGGAACAGUUGGGAUGUGAAUUCCAAGGAUAUUGCAAUUGCUGGUCUUGGCUGGUUUGGAAUAGGUCUGAAAGGAGAAGCGGUAUUAGGACUAUGGACAUAUGAUGGUGUCGAUGUCGUCUCCAGAAACUCCCUUGUCCAUGAGAGGGCAACAAUAUUUGAGGAAGCCGGGUUCACAGUUUCGAAGAUUGUCUCUCAGGCGGAUAGCAUGGCAAAUAGGCUAAAGAACCCUAAGAAAAUAAACAAGAAGAAGGAUAACAAAGCCAAUUCAUCUCCCUCCACAGAUCCAGAAUCUUCAAAUCCAGUUGAGGCUGUAGAUGCUUAAAUGAUUUCUAUUCCUUUCUAGGACAGGAGUUCCCGAAGGUGAAUUAAGUUCUAUGAUGUUGGCAUUUGGUCAGUUGAGGAUUGAUAUACAGAGCCAUAGGUUGCACAAUUUAUACUUGUUCAGACUUAGAUAGCAUGCUGCUCUCCGCACAAGUCUUUUUUUUUUUCCCUGGGAUCAUGGAUUUUAUGUAGUCUUGUUGUGGGCUUGUAACAUUAACCUAUGGCUUUUAUGUACUCAAUGAACUUCUACCACUAUGGCUUUGGAGUUUGGACCAUAAGUACAAUUUUGAUAGUCAACUUGAUGAGGAGUCAGUACUGAAGAAUACUCGUUGUAAUGCUGUUAUGGCUGAACUUCUGAAACCGGCAUCUCACAGCUUUGUUAUGCCUGCUUUGAACACAGGAAUUUUACAUUGAUUUUAUAGGAAUACCACAGGAAUCAAUUGAAUCCUCAUGGUAAAUUCCUGCACUUCAAA